AUGGAAUUGAAUGCUUAAGUAAUUUAAUUAGAUCAAACUGUUAAACAUUAAGAAAAGACUAUAAUAGAAUAGAGAAAUGAAAUGGAACGUUUAAAAUCAUUGCAUAUGGAAUGUCUUGAAACUACUGAAGAAUUGAGUCAUGAAUUAGAUCAAGUUAAACGAAUGAAUGAUUAAUUAGAAUAUUAACAUCGAGAAGUAUUAUUGGAUUCUAAAAAUAUAUUAGAUUAUGGAAGAACUUGAUAAAAUCUCAUUAGUGGAAGAAUAGACUGCAAUGUCCAGAGCAAGUAAAUAUAAAGAAUUAAAAACUAAAUUAAUUAUGGGAACUAAGCAAUUAACGUAGUUCCAAUCUUCAUUUAAAAGAUUUUCUACUCAUAAAAAAUCAUAAAUGAAACAAUAUGAAUUUUGA